AUGCCCAGGCCACGCGCCCCGGAGGACUCGCUCAGGCCCGGGGAGCGCCAGCCGCUGCUGCCGCGCGGUCCUCGGGGCUCCCGCCACAGGUGGCGGCGGACGGCGGUGGCCGCGGUGCUGCUGGUGGAGAUGAUGGAGCGCGCUGCCUUCUUCGGCGUCGCCGCCAAUCUCGUGCUCUACCUCAACAGCGCCAAGUUCAACUGGGCCGGCGAGCAGGCGUCGCGCACCGCCCUGCUCUUCCUGGGCGCGUCCUACCUGCUGGCGCCGGUGGGCGGGUGGCUGGCCGACGUAUACCUGGGCCGCCACCGCGCCAUCAUGCUCAGCCUGCUGCUCUACCUGGCCGCCACCAGCCUGCUGGCCGCCACCGCCAGUGACGACGGCCGCCGCUCCUUCUGCGGGGACAUGCCCGCGUCGUCGCUGUCGCCCGCCUGCUCCAAGCCCGGCUGCCAGCUCGACUCGCCCAGCCCCUACUGCGCCCCCACCCUCUACCUGGCCCUGCUGCUGCUCGCCCUGGCCACCAGCUCCAUCAGAAGCAACCUCACCUCUUUCGGUGCAGACCAGGUGCUGGAGCUUGGCCGCCACGCCACCCGCCGCUUCUUCAACUGGUUUUACUGGAGCAUCAACGCGGGGGCCGUUCUGUCGCUGCUGGUGGUGGCCUUCAUCCAGCAGAACAUCGACUUCCUGCUGGGCUACUGCAUCCUCGUGGGCUGUGUGGCCUUGGCCUUCUUCCUCCUCCUGUUUGCCAGCCCCAUCUUCAUCACCAAGCCCCCCACGGGCAGCCAAGUGUCCUCAAUGCUGAAGCUUGCUGUCCAGAACUGCUGUCCCUGGCUGUGGUGCCGACACUUUGCCAGAGAGCAGCAAGAGGACCAGCUGCUGCCUGACCAGAGGCCUCCCCAGCCUGGCCCUUCGCCACAAGAGGACAUGCUCAACUUCCAGGUGCUGAGGAAGAUCUUGCCCGUGAUGGCGACGCUGGUGCCCUACUGGAUGGUGUAUUUCCAGAUGCAGUCCACGUUUGUCCUGCAAGGCCUUCACCUCCAAAUUCCAAACAUUUUCCCAGUCAACCCCAUCAACAGCUCCCUGGCUCUGAGAGCCCAGGGCAACAGUUACAAGAUCCCAGAAGCCUGGCUCCUGCUGGCCAACGUCAUGGUGGUGCUGAUCCUGGUGCCCGUGAAGGACCACCUGGUCGACCCCUUACUGCUGCGGUGCCGGCUGCUCCCCUCGGCGCUGCAGAAGAUGGCUUUGGGCAUGUUCUUCGGCUUUUCCUCUGUCAUCGUGGCAGGAGUCCUGGAGAUGGAGCGUUUACAAUACAUCCAGCAAAACCGGACGGUGUCCCAGUACAUCGGCCACGACCUGUACCAGGCAGCGUCACUGCCCAUCUGGUGGCAGGCCCCUCAGUACUUGCUCAUUGGGAUCAGCGAGAUUUUUGCUAGCAUUCCAGGCCUGGAGUUCGCGUACUCAGCGGCCCCUCGCUCCAUGCAGGGCGCCAUCAUGGGCAUCUUCUUCUGCCUGUCGGGGGUGGGCUCGCUGCUGGGCUCCAGCCUGCUGGCCCUGCUGACCCUCCCAGGGGGCUGGAUGCACUGCCCUGAGGACUUCGGGAAUAUCAACAAUUGCCGGAUGGACCUCUACUUCUUCCUACUGGCCGGCAUCCAGGCUGCCGCGGCCCUCCUGUUUAUCUGGAUCGCUGGCCGCUAUGAGAGGGCGGCGCACAGCCUGGCCUCCCAAAGCUGUUCCAGCAGAGACAGGGGCUGAGCGUGCCCCCC